AUGGGAAAGACAGAGCUGUGCUCUCUUUAUAAGGGUUUUCUGGACUGUAUUUGCCUUUGCCUCUCUCGAAAAAAAGAUGAAGCUGCAGUCGACAAUGAGAGGGACACUGAGAACGGCCACCUGAUCUACAAAAGCGGGGACGUCCUCGAAGACAGAUAUGAGAUAGUCGACACUUUAGGUGAGGGGACGUUUGGGAAGGUGGUGCAGUGUUUGGACCACAGCAGUGUUUUAACACACAGAGGAGGAGAAGGUCGAAUUGCCCUGAAGAUCAUUAAAAACUUGGAUAAAUACAGAGAAGCAGCCAAACUAGAAAUCAAUGUGCUGGAGAAGAUCAGAGAGAGAGAUCCAGCCAACAGACAUCACUGUGUACAGAUGCUGGACUGGUUUAACUACUACGGCCAUGUGUGCAUCUCUUUCGAGCUGCUGUCUCUCAGCACCUUUGACUUCUUGAAAGCAAACAGCUUCCUGCCUUAUCCCAUUAACCAGAUCCGACACAUGGCCCACCAGAUCUGCCACGCUGUCAGCUUUCUCCAUGACAACAAGCUGACUCACACCGACCUGAAGCCUGAGAACAUCCUCUUUGUCAACUCAGACUACUCCCUCAUAUACAACGCAGAGAAGAAGUGCAAUGAGCGGAGAAUAAACAACACCACAGUGCGGCUCGUUGACUUUGGCAGCGCCACCUUUGACCACGAACACCACUCCGUCGUCAUCUCUACACGUCACUACCGAGCUCCAGAGGUCAUACUGGAGUUGGGCUGGAGUCACCCCUGUGAUGUUUGGAGUAUUGGCUGCAUCCUGUUUGAAUACUACGCAGGCUUCACACUGUACCAGACUCAUGAUAAUAAGGAGCAUCUGGCUAUGAUGGAGCGCAUUCAGGGACCAGUUCCUCAGAGAAUGAUCCAGAGGAGCAGAAAGCAGAAGUAUUUCCACCGUGGGCGUCUCGACUGGAAUGAAUGCUCCAAGGCUGGACGUUACGUGAAAGCCAAGUGCAAACCAUUAAGCAAGUACUUGCUAUCUCACAGCACAGAACACCACCAGUUCUUUAACCUCUUGGAGAGUAUGCUAGACUACGAGCCCUCGACACGCAUCUGUCUGUCCUCUGUCUUGCAACACCCUUUCUUCCUGCCUCUGCUGCAUCCAGGAAGGAGUCAGUUCUGGAGGAACAGCCGUGAUAUGAGCAGAUGACCCUAAAUACACACUUGACCCCAUAUAUGAGGACCAUACCUGUGUGUUUACAAGUUUUGGUGCUAAGCAGGUCAGGCUGUUCUCAUUCACUGUUCUCACAAUACCUACAAAAAGUGAUGCACUAUAUUUCUUAUAUAACUGCAGUAAUCGCGAGCCAGGAGACCAGUUUAUUACGACCAAUAUUGACGUUUGGUUGUUUGAGGAUGAUCUCUAGUUUUACCACACAAAAUUAUGAGCA